AUGGCUGUAUCUCGGCAUCGCAGAGGAGGCAAGCCUGCCGGCAGGGGGCUUGGAGGGAAAAGAGGUCCCAUACUGCGCCAGCAAGGACAGUUCAAGGCUUCGCGCCUCAAGGAAACCGCAGAUGAGGAGACCCAAAAUGGCACGGGAAGCGAAGAAGACCUCCCAGAAGUUGCGGAGCAGCUCGAGUCGGACCAAGACGAAGACGUCCAGUCCGUCAGUGAAGACGAAACCCCAACCUCAGACUCAUACGGCCUGUUGCUGCAAUCACUUAAUGCGGCAUAUGGAACCUCUGAACCCCCAAGGAAGAGGAGAAAGUUCGUCGAGAGUGAUCGUACGGGAGAACCCGUGAAGGGCGAAGAUACGAAGACUGAGCAGCCCAGUCAGGACCAGAAAGGACAGGCCGAAGAACAGCUCCUCGAAUUGGAAGACGACGUGGAGGCGGAUGAAGAGGCUGGCCAAGCUGCAGAGGCUGACUCCGACGACGAGGAAGUCCUACUGCGGGAUCCAUUUGAAAUGCACUACACAGCAAUUUCGGAGCAAGAUCUGAAAACUGCGGUCGGACAAGUGGAUAACAAGCAAUGGGAGACAUCCUCUUCGGUUUUGGAUUUGGAUAUACGCCGUACAGCCAUUCGCAGGAGAGGGACUCCAGCGGAGAUGGCUGAAUUGAGAUCGGCAAAGGACGCCUAUCUGAAACGCAGGCUCGGUGACGGUGGUAGCAAAGUCCUCUCGAGGCUCUCCACGGAAGAGAGGAAUUUGGCAGGAUCGAUAUUCAACUAUGUCGAUGUGCUGGAUGGCUGCCGCGACCUCAAGAAUGCGACCCGCCUACGGGACUUGUUUUGCCUCCAUGCCUUGAACCACGUCUUCAAGACCAGAGAUCGCGUCUUGAAGGAUAAUGCCAAAUUGGCCGCCCAGUCCGCUGAGGCUCCAGAUCUUCGCGAUCAAGGUUUCACGAGACCGAAAGUCCUGGUCAUAGUGCCGACGAAGCAAGCAUGUGCCAGGGUCGUCGAGAGCAUUACAAAGAUCAGUGAGCCUGACCAGCAAGAGAACAAAGCACGCUUCUUAGAGACGUACUCUCGUCAGGACGAGGAUGAAUGGCAAGAUAAGCCCGAAGACUUUCGAGCCCUUUUCGGCGGCAACCACGAAGAAGACUUCCGCAUUGGCCUGAAGUUCACCCGUAAGACCAUCAAGUUCUUCUCUGGUUUCUACAACUCGGACAUCAUCAUUGGCUCGCCUUUAGGCUUGAUGCGCACAGUCACCACAGGAGGCGGCGGGAAAGACAAGAAGAAAACCCACGACGCGGACUUCCUUUCUUCCAUUGAGAUUGUAAUCGUGGACCACGCCAAUGCCCUUCAGAUGCAGAACUGGCAACAUGUCGAUUACGUCUUUUCUCAACUCAACCUCCUUCCCAAGGAUUCCCAUGGCUGUGACUUCUCCCGCGUCCGCCAUUGGUAUCUCGACGGCCAAGCAAAAUACCUGCGCCAGACGAUCAUUCUCACCGACUACCUCACCCCCGAGAUGAACGCCCUAGCCUCCACGCAUCUGCACAACAUCAGCGGACGAGUGAAAUACGUCCCGACCUACCCUGGGGCCAUGCUAUCCGUGUCUUCACUCGCCCUUCCCUUACCAUUCACACCGCCGAUCCCGCAAACCUUCCUGCGCAUCCCGUCUCCAAACCCGCUUUCCGACUCUGACGCCCGCUUCAAAUUCUUCACCACGACGAUCCUGGCCCCGUUGAUCCGCGAUUCACGCCAUCAACGUGGAAUCCUCCUCUUCGUGCCCACCUAUGCGGAUUUUGCCCGUCUGCGAAACCAUUUGUCCACUUCCUCCGACGCGGUGAAUAUCUCCUUUGGAAGUCUCUCGGAAUAUACCCCUGUCAAGGAGGUUUUGCGCGCACGCUCGCACUUCCUCUCCGGCCGGCACGCCCUUUUGCUGUACUCGGAGCGAUCGCACCAUCACUUUCGCUACAGGAUCAAAGGCGUGCGCAAGAUCCUGUGGUACGGAUUGCCCGAAAACCCGAUAUUCUGGGCGGAAAUCAUCGCGCUGCUCGGGCUUGGGGGUGCUAAGGACGGCGAUGCUGGGAGAGGAAAGGCAAGGACGAAAGGUGUGAUCAGGGCACUGUUUUCCAAGUGGGAUGCCCUGAAGCUGGAGCGUAUCGUUGGCACACAGAGGGUCGGUAGAUUGAUCAACGAUCGUGGCGGCGAUACUUUUGAGUUUGUCUAG